CGGCAGCCUAUAACCUCCGCGCUUCUCCGCCCAUUCCUCCACAGUUGAUUCUUCGGGAAGGCAUUGUCAUGCAAAUAAAGGACGCGUAAAACUAUUCCCCCGGAGCACGGCGCAGGGCAGAGACUCAUAAGGACCGCGAGGAGGAGGAACACACGCAUCCCGGGGCCCCGCAAAAGUGGUUUAUCUGUCGCCACAACACGGACCCGUCCAUCUGACGCAGACGUCUGCAUGGCCACAUGAGCAGCCACAUAUAGCCAGGAAGCUGGUUGGACCGUUGGAGGAAAGCCGACGGGGACCCAACAACGAGGAGGCUGCCCUUUGGUGAUUGUGGUCAUACUUCCAGUCUCCCCAGUGAAAUCGGAGGAGUCUCUUCUUCAUCUCACUGUCCAGGCUACCUGCUGCUGCUGCUGCUGCUACUAGAGAAGAAAAAUUACAUCCAGAGACCCCCGGAGCGCUCCUUGACACUUUGAUGUUUUAGGGGAUUUAGGAUUUCUCAAAUAUUAACGUUUUUGCACACCAGGUGUGCCGUUUUCCCUCUUGUCCUUUUUUGGGAUAUAUCCAGUGAUCUUCCACCGUUAAAAGUGCCUUAAAACUGGGUGUAAUCCAGCAUAACUGUGGCACUGUUACCAGACCAGAGACGCUCGACACAGUCUUAGAGCCGAGGCAGGAUUAUUUCUCGUUCCCCCUCAAACUUCAGCGAGUUGCCACCAUGAGCCAGGCGGAUGUGUCGACUUGCUCCGCGCCGCAGAGGGUCUUCCAGGAGGCAGUGAAGAAGGGGAACACAAAGGAGCUGCACUCGCUGCUGCAGAACAUGACAAACUGCGAGUUCAACGUCAACUCCUUCGGGCCGGAGGGACAGACAGCGCUCCACCAGUCCGUCAUCGACGGCAACCUGGAGCUCGUGAAGCUGCUGGUGAAGUUCGGCGCAGACAUCCGACUGGCUAACAGGGAAGGGUGGAGCGCUUUACAUAUUGCCGCCUUCGGGGGCCACCAGGACAUUGUGCUAUACCUCAUCACCAAGGCCAAGUAUUCCUCUGGGGCCCGGUGAUCUGUCUCUGCUGUCAGGUAAAAGUAGAACAUUAAAGAAAGAACGAAAAGAGCAAAACACAUCAGCAACAAAUUCAAUCUUAAAACUGCAACGCAAUUAAAGAAAACAUGUUCUUUUCAAAACAUAGCUGCCAUUAUUUACGUAUUUGUGCCAAAAUAUAUGGAAAGGAAAUAAAAUUGCGCAAAAAAACUCCCCUCUCUGUAAACCAAACAGGGCCAUCUGUGCGCACCGCAUGGUUCACUCAGACCAGAGCCGGCCCGAGGUUUUAAGGGGCCUUUAGCAGAAUUUGGUGUGUGUGUGUGUGUGUGUGUGUUGGGGGGGGGGACUUUUCCAAUUAAGUCACCAGCGACCAUUGGCAGAGCUAAAUCACAGGUUUCUGUGAAGAUGGGAAACAUUUGACUGGUUGCACUGGGAUGUUUCUAGACCUAAAGCCAAACUGAUGCAGACGAUCUAAAUGCAAGCAUCCUAGAAGUACGAUAUUCUUGUAAUAUUUAAGCUGGCUGUGUUUUUCAGCACUUUAUGGUUUAAUAUUUGCAACUUUUUCCCAGCCCACAAAAGAUAAAUAAAGUAGACUCAUUCAAAUCCAGUUACAGUGUGCAAGAAUUAUAAUUCAAGCCCAGAAAUAACAAAAACAAAACAUUUAACUGCACUGUAGUUAUUUACUGUUAGUCCAUUUGCUGUUCUUUUUUAAAAAUAAUUUCUAAUCUUUUAAAUUAACUUUCCUGAAAAAAAUUUAAUCAACUAUAAAACUAAACUAAUUUCACUAUAUGAAUCUGUAAUUUUGAAAUGUAUAUUCUUUCCAAAAUUUGGGCCCCCUUCUGAUUGUUUUGUGGCCCUAAGCAGUGCUCUUUUUCACUUAUUCCUUGGGCCGGUUCUGUCUCACACACAAUCACGCAGCUUCAUUAUGAAUCUCUCACAAAAAGCACCUCACUCCGGUGAGCUUGUUGGUACUUAAAGCUUUCGUCUUGAAUGUUCAUACAACAUCGUGUCAUUAUAGAAGAAACUGUCACACCGUAUCUGCGUGCGUGUGUGUGUGUGUGGAUAGUGCAGUGCAGAUGGCCCAGUUUUUUCAUUCAAAGUGAAUCGUUUCUUUGUGGGAGUGCAGAUUUGACCUGUUGCUCCUCAUUGUCCUGUAAAAAUACCCACAUUUUUUGUAAGUUAUUUUUAUGUGAAACACGGCACUUGAUGCUGCUCGGCUGCAUGCUGGAAUAUCUGAAAGGGAAGACACGCGAACAAGAGGAGAAACCCUCUGUUGGUUUCCUGAGGUCUCUCUUUUUUCCUAAAUUAAUACAUAUUAUAAACUCAAAAUGAGGAUCAUACAGCUACAAUUGUAUUUUCUAUGUAUUCAGGGUUCCUGCUCAUUUUUCUUUUCACAACUCCACAUGUUUCUGGACUCACAUCAACAGAGUUCUCAUUUUGCAAAGUUCGCUCUCUACUUCCUUCAGACAUUUUAUUUUAUUGAGGUCAAGCUUUGGAAAAGGAAACCUGCAAAAAUCCCAGAUUCCAAGCACGGAUGGAUGCAGCGUUUAGACAACGGGACAGUGAAUAAAGUCUGGAGACAGAAACGUUUUUCCAGAGUUUAUUUAAUUUUUCCAUACAGCGUAGGAACCCUGUGAGUGACUCCAUCGUUGUUGUGAAGUACUGUACACAAUAGCUUUACCUUUUUGACAGUAGCUGAAUGGGCUCUGCAAACACACAUUUUGCCAUUGCUGGUGUCCCAACCUUUCAGGCCAGUGCGACCACUCUGCCCUGGUGGUCAUCGUAUUAAGAACCGCUGCUUUCGCUUUGUAUGUCGUUAAAGAAAAAAAAAAAAAGGAAAAUUUGGAUUUCACUUUAUAAUCUCCUUUCAGUAUUCUGUUAACACCCUAGUCAUCACUGUGAAAGCAGGCUGAUUUUAUUGUUUUUUUUUCUUUUAUAUUUAUGAAGGUACAUUGAAAAGAUGCAUUUUUGAAUAUGUUGUGGUUCUACUUUUUAAAAGAAAAACACCUGUAGAGUCAGAGUUUGGUGGGUGACUCAAGCUGCUUCAGACUCUUCUUUUUAAUUUUUUAAAUUUUUUUUUUGAGUGCAAACCUGCAACCCCCCUCCUCCUUAGAUGACCCACACAGCUUUAGCCUGUUGACCCUCAAGAGGACUUUCAAUUAAACUGACUUUUCUUUUCUUUUUUCGUUUGGUUGCCCUUUUUCCCAGCUACCUCGUCUGUAAAGUAUUCUCAAGCUGUUUCGCCUUCUCCCAGCUUGCCCUGCCAAUCAUGCCAGUAUCUGUCUGCUAUGUAACCUUGACAGAGACGAUGGACUUCGGUGCAGAAGAUGCAAUGCAUUCCUCAGUCAGGACAGUUUAUGUUACACUACAACCAAACCAGUGCUGACUAAAGCAUGAGCCCCCCCUGCCUCUGAACUCCACUUUACUCUUUCUUCCUCUUUCUGUGUCCUCAUCAGCCUGUUUUAUUUUAUUUUAAUUUUUUUUUUCGUUGUAUAGCAUGACUUAUAAAUGCAGGGAGUUUUAUUGCACAAAAAUACAGAGCCUUGCGCACCCCUAGUGUUCAAACGGGGUAACUUCAGAAGGCUUUGGAAUAUUUUCUACUACUGAGCAGGAUUCUUCUUACUGAUGGAUGAUGAAGACUUUAUGAAAAAAUCUACGUAUGACUAUUGCAGGAUGUCACACAAUAAAUAAAAAAAGGAAAAUUGGAUUUUGUAAGCUUGCCUGCUACAUUUUGAGAGUCAUGACACCCUAACUGUUUUUUUUUUUUGUUUGUUUUUAACAAUGCUGCUUGUUUUGUGUCUUUUCUAAUUGAUGAUCAUUUUUUUAAAGCCUACUGCUUCACAGCAACACUGGUCUAACUCAUGAGAAGCUUCUUUUUUUUUAAAGUGUCUUUUAUUUCUGCGUGAGCCUGACAUGUGUUUGUGUUUGCUUCUCAUGGGGGCCCGUAUGGCUUUUAAACAGUCAUCAGCCAGACUGAGAAGCU